AUGGCAAGUUCAAAAUCGAAUCAAAAUCGUCAAUCUUUGACUAAAAAGACGACAACUGUAUUUCCUUUACCUAAUGCAACCAAACCACGUUAUAGAGUGGUGCAUAAGACUGAAAUCAAUGAAUUUUCUGAUGAUUUAAUUUUGAGUAUUUUUCGUUACCUGUCGCCCAUCGAUUUGCUCAAUGUAGGCAUUAUCUGUCGACGAUGGCAUGCCAUUUCUCAAGAUGAAAGUCUCUGGCGUUCAUUAGUUCACUCCUAUGGCCUUCACCAAACUGUAUCGAAUCUAACAAGCAAACAACUAGUUCAAAAGUAUCUCAAUCGUCAAAUUAAUAUUCAAUUACAAAAGCUUUUUCCGGUUAAAUUCGAUAAAUACAAAUCGUAUACCGGUGUACUUGAUUAUGAGACGAUAUUCCAAAAAUAUUCCGAUCGGUUUCAGUUUUGUCUCGCGUUUUGCGAUGACAAGCAUAACGUCAUCUGGUCACAAAAGUAUGAGACAAUUAAGUUUUUCGAUAUCAGUAUGUCAGUCCGUUGGCUGGAGAUAACAAUGCCAGAUUUAUUAACUCGUAUACAUUUUCUCCGACUUUUCGUCAAUGUUUCCAUCAAGAUUAACACGCGACCGAAUCGUACUCGUUUACCGCAAGGAAAUGAACAAUUAGCAGAUGUCACGGAGAAGCCAAUUCAGUGCACUCAAACGAUUCAAUCGUUGUUACGCGAAUAUAAAUUCGAAUGGAAUUUGUUUCGAACUCGAUCUGUUCCAUUAACAAAAGACCCUAAAUCUCCUAUACUUAUAUCCAGAUUAGCAAAUGAAGAUGAUCUUCUAAUUGGUUACUACGAAAAAGAUAAAUCUAUUGCUUUUGUCGUCUUCAAUAUUAACUACUUGUCAUUUCGCGAACUUUUCUUUGCCGGUCUUCGUACAACAGAUUCCACGAUGUAUCGUUCGUUGUCGAAUCAUAUAGUUGGCUCACAGUUUCCAAGACCAAACGAUAUGGAAGUGUCUGUGUUCAUCUGUCUUCGAAAUAUGACCACCAAAUUCCUACGGCAUCGGUUUGUUAACUGUCGAAUAAAAUAUUCCCCAUCGCCAGUCAUUGAAAUGAUACGUAUCACCGAUAUGAACAAUGAAUUAGGACCUGAGUUGUCUGAAUUACCCAAAUUCAACUGGAAAACCGGUAUUUUCAAAGGAACAAUCACUGAUAUCUUUCUCAUUGAUGUUAUUGUAUUAAAUGAAGACAAAAAUGUUUCAUUUAGUGUCACUCUCCCUGCCACAUUAACUGCAGGCAACGUUGGCGAGGAAUCCAGUCAAGGAAGCGAUUAUAUUCUUUCAUCAAAUGUAUGGAAUAUCAAAGCAGCAUCUCAGUGCAAUAAUACCAUUCAACUCAACGGAACUAUUAUGCGGCUUGACAGUGAAUAUUGCGCCUUGGGACGAGAUUCACAAUCAUGGCAUUUACAAAAUAUGACUUGUUCUUUUUGA